UUAUACACUUUUCACAGCUUGAAAUGUUUCAUGAAGAGUAUAUUUUUUUAAAAUCUGGUCAGAAAUUGCCACGCAAAAGUAGGUUGUUGCCCUUGUCUCCCUUUAUAGACGAUAAUAACCUCAUCCGCGUGGGCGGAAGGCUUGAUAAUUCUCCCUAUGAUUUUAAUAUUAAGCACCCAAUAGUAUUAUGCAGUAAACAUGUUCUAACUAAGCUUAUAUUCCACAUGCAACAUUUAGAGCUUGCACAUGCUGGUCCACAAUUAUUACUGUCGCACAUUCGACAGACUUAUUGGCCGUUAGGUGGCAGAAACUUGUCUAGACUUGUGGUAAAUCAAUGUCUCAGGUGUUGCAGACACAAGGCUCAAAGCAUACAGCCAAUUAUGGGUCACUUACCCCAUUCUAGAACUCAGCUUGAGUUUCCAUUUUUGUAUAGUUACGUUGAUUACGCGGGACCAGUAUUGGUGGCCAAUCGUAAAGGCCGUGGUUGCAAACUAACAAAAUCUUAUAUGUGCAUCUUUGUUUGCUCAGCAGUGAAAGCCGUUCAUUUGGAGCUCGUCAGCGACCUCACCACCGAGGCUUACAUGGCCGCUUUAAAUCGGUUCGUGGCGCGUCGAGGCAAGCCUCGAAGUAUCACGUCCGAUAACGGGACAAACUUUGUAGGUGCAUCGAACGAGAUGCGUAGGUUCUUGGAAUCGUCUGAUGUUGCAACUGAAAUAGCGCAGCUGGGCAUUGAAUUCGUUUUCACGCCUGCAUACAGCCCACACUUUAAUUCACUGGCUGAAGCUGCUGUAAAAUCGUGUAAGCACCACUUAAAAAGAUUGCUGCAUAUUACUCAUUUAACCUUUGAGGAAAUGACUACUUGUCUAACACAUAUAGAGGCGGUGUUAAACUCACGUCCUCUCACUCCUCUUUCUUCGGACCCUAACGAUUUUUCGGCACUUACUCCUUCCCACUUCCUAAUUGGACGACCACUCUUAUCGGUGCCUUCUCCUCAGGUGACUGAAACCAACAUCACGCGGCUGGAUCGAUGGAAGAGGAUCCAGUUCAUUAGACAGCAUUUUUGGAACAGGUUUCAUAUAGAGUACAUUUCUCUGCUGCAGGCGAAAUCCAAGUGGUUCCAUUCAAGAGGUGAAGUGAAACCAGGGUCCUUAGUCCUGAUCAAGGACAAAACUGCACCACCUCUGCUCUGGUCCCUGGGUCGGGUCACCAUGACCUAUCCCGGCGUCGACGGGGUCACGAGAGUAGCAGAAAUCAAGACGAAGAAGGGCACCAUUCGUCGUGGUUUCAACAGCAUCUGCCCACUUCCAAUCCAAGAUUGAAGAAAGCUCUUCAACCCGGGGAAUAUGUCGGCGCAUUAGUAUGGCCAUCGACCAUAGAGGCGGCGACGCGCGGGGCGGGGGUAUAAAAACCCACGGCCGCGCGAGCGCCGCGCUUCUUCUUCAUCGACACACGCCAGCCAUAGCAUUCGGGCAUUUCUUUGUAUCGGUGUGAGCCGGUCUUGAUUCUGAUAUGUAGAAAUUAAACCUAUUAAUUGUGCAGUCCUCUGUUUUAAUUUGAAAUAACCCGACAGAGCUACGACA